AUGGCUCUGGCAACAUCAGUAGGAGACAUAUCCAUUUUUAAAAGUAAAGCCUUAGCUUUAAAGACUCCUUCACAACCUGUGAUGCUAUUCGCAGAGUGCCAUGAAAAAGACGUUACCAUCAUGUUUCAAGCGAAGAGCGGCUCACACAUUAGGAACUUCGUGAUUCAGUACAACACCACGUACGACAAGGACGAGUGGCUGGACAUUGACGUUGAAGUGCCCAGUAACUCCACGCAGGUCAAAGUGCGUCUGAUUCCGGGAGUCUUUCAGAGUUUCCGGGUGAUCGCCGAAAACGAGUUCGGGAGAUCCUUCCCGUCGGAAGUUUCGAAUCCUUGCGAAGGCAAGCAGGAAGUGCCGCACAAAAAUCCAAGCAACGUUACUGCUGUGGUGGACGAUUCCGGUAAAGCUUUAAAGAUUCCUUCACAACCUUGGAUGCUAUUCGCAGAGUGCCAUGAAAAAGACGUUACCGUCAUGUUUGAACCGAAGUACGGCUCACACAUAAGGAACUUCUUGAUUCAGUACAACACCUCGUACAACAAGGACAAGUGGCUGGACGUUGACGUUGAAGUGCCCAGUAAUUCCACGCAGGUCAAAUUGCCUCUGAUUCCGGGAGUCGAACAGAGUUUCCAGGUGAUCGCAGAAAACGAGUUCGGGAGAUCCUUCCCGUCGGAAGUUUCGAAUCCUUGCAAAGGCAAGCCGGAAGUGCCGCACAAAAAUCCCAGCAACGUUACUGCUGUGGUGGACGAUUCCGACAUCAACGUGAAAUCAUUGCUGAUUCAUUCAGUGAUGUCACUGAGGUACGCAUAUGUGUUCCCCUUUUGA